GGGAGCGAAGCGGCCAUCAGCGGGGGACCGACGGCGGCGGCGGCGGCGGCAAUCGCUCUCCCUCGAGCUGCACUGACUGAGCAGGGGCCGCGUUCUGUCCGACUGCAGCCCAGCCCGCCCGGGAGCCACCGCGCGCUCAGCUGCCAUGGACGUCUUUAAGAAAGGGUUCUCCAUCGCCAAGGAGGGCGUGGUAGGGGCCGUGGAGAAGACCAAGCAGGGAGUCACCGAGGCCGCUGAGAAGACCAAGGAGGGGGUCAUGUAUGUGGGGACGAAAACUAAAGAGAACGUGGUACAGAGUGUGACCUCAGUUGCGGAAAAGACUAAAGAACAGGCCAACAUGGUGAGCGAUGCCAUGGUGGCCAGCGUGAAUACCGUGGCCAGCAAGACAGUGGAGGAAGCUGAAAAUAUUGUGGUGACUACCGGCAUUGUUCGGAAGGAGGAUUUGGUGCACCCAGCCCACCCUGAGCACGCAGGCCCAGAAGACCAGCCAGCAGAGGCUGCAGAAGUUACCGAGGAGGUUGAGGGCAGUGGAAAGUAGCCAGAGAAUCCUGGACCAAGCCGAGGAUCGUGGAGCCGUUAGCUGACACUCCCCAUCACCUCCCUGUCCCAGAGCAGACGCUUUCUUGGACCCAAAUCCCUCCCUUCUCCCCUAUCCCUGACUAGAUGAACACCUCAUGCUGCAUGUGAAUAUCAGGUUCUGGAGCAUACGUGUUGAGUAGCCAUGUGUGGGUAUCUUCCUUUCCCUCCUAAUUGUGGCUUAAGCCUCCCCCACCCCCCAGUCCAUCUGUCCUUCCAUUUGAGAACCCUUGUUGUCCCCUCUCUCACUCCUUCUUGUUUCCCUCUGUUCAAGUGGACUCCGUAGAUGCUGAAUGUGCUUUAUUUAUUUAUUUAUUUACAAAUGAUACCAAAUAAAACUGUGUUUGAACUAUG